GGUACCGAUUUCUCGACUGGGCCUGCUUAGACGCGGUGUCGGGGAAGAAUUCGGCCGAUUGAUGCUCGUUGUGUACCUUGGACGGGAACCAUGAAAUCAUUAUUAAAGUGAAAAUAAGACCCCCGCCGUGUUGUCUUGAUAUCUCGCCCUUAACUCGACUUGCCACAGCUCAAUAUCAGUAACAGAACCUACGUACAGUUUUCGCUUCCAAAACGAUGUCUACGGAAAUUGAGUAUUCGGAGCCCGCCUAUACAAAGUCAGUAGACAGGGCCAAGUUUCCAUUCUAUCAUCCCAACAUCGAUGAAAAGCUAGUUCCCGAGGUAAUUUACCACUUUUUAUUCCUUCAUAUGCGUCUACAAUCACACUUUGCUAACUUUAAUCCCAGACUAGAGAGCUCCUUGAAAAAUACAGCCAUAUUCCACCAGUCCAGCAGUCCCAGCAUGUUCAUAGAGUUGUAAGUUGACUUCCACUGAAGUGAUGCCUAACUUCCACUACCUACUAACUCAGAAUCUAGCGCGACCUAGCAUGGGACAUUCGUGCAUACCCUUGCACUGGAGUCGGCGCAUGGCUUGUACCCCAGCUGUGCAGAAACCCCGUGUAUCCUGAUAUUCUGAAGCGGGUGCAAGCUGGUGAGACCUUGAUGGACGUGGGAUGUUUUGUUGGCCAUGAUUUGCGACGACUUGUCUACGAUGGAGCUCCCUCAGACAAAUUGUAUGCUGUUGACAUCAUCAGUCACUGGGACGUUGGAUACGAAAUGUUUCGUGAUCGAGGUCGUUUUGAAGCCCAUUUCAUUGAAGCGGAUAUCGUGUCGCAAUCUGAAAAGCUUACACAGUUAAAAGGCCAGAUUGAUGUCAUAUCAAUCACACAAGUGAUUCAUCAAUGGGACUGGGAUGGACAGGUCAAUUGUUGCAAACAGCUUACUGGUUUUACCAAGGGACCGGGAUCAAUGAUUGUGGGUAACCAAAUUGGAAAUCCCAAGGCUCAAGAGGUUACUCUGAAGUCAUUGGUUGUUCCCAUGUACCGACACAAUCCUGAAUCUUUUGCAAAGUUAUGGGAUCAAGUGGGAAAAGAGACAGGCACAAAGUGGGAAACCCAGGCAUGGAUUCGAACAUUCGAGGAGAUGUCGUUUGGUGCUCAAGAUGGGGCUUGGAUGGAACCUGGUGUGUCACUCAUUGAAUUUGUCGCCCGACGCACAGAGUGAAAUCACCUAUUAUCAGGGCAAAUUUGGGCACAAGACAAUUUAGCAAUAUUGUAUCUCGCUCUUACUGACCUGUCACUGAACGAACUUAUUCCCUGUCCAGUGCGCUUUGUUGUGAAAACUGCGUUCUUAAUGAUGUUAUGCACACUAGAAAUACGAUGAAUUCUGCCAUGC